UGGCUCUGUGAUGCGUCACUGCGCUGACGUGUGGUAGUUGCGCCAGUCUCGCGUGAUGAGACUUUUGUUGUUCGGAUUGUAAGGGAAAGAGCUUGUAGUCACCAUAGCAACAGCCAUAAGUCUGGAGCUCGCUGACACAAGGGGGGCGCGAUAAUUCAAAAAAGCAUUGCUGCUGUAGUUCUUUUCUGAUGAUUUGCUGAAAUAUCAGCUUUGAGAAGUUAAUCAUUAUGAAUAAUUCCCAUGCAAAAACUUCAGAACCAUUCUACAAGCCUAGGACACCUGCUAAAAAGACAAGUGCUGAGAUAAUAAAUGAGGCCAGAAAUUCUCUGCGAACCCUGAGAACCCAACGUCCCUUUACACCAAGGGAAGAUCAAAGAAAGUUAUUUGGUCCUUCUUCAAGCCGAACAUCAGAUAAUCGUCCACCGUCUUCAUUCAGUUUGCAUUCCUGUAGCUUUGAUUCCCCUGACUCAAGACCUGUUUCUGGGACACGUCUCAGCCCUUUACCUCAUAAACCCAAAUUGCAGUUGUCUUCAACAUCAGAUGUGGAACAUGGCCCUUGUAUCCCCAUACCCCCAAUGCAUCCUAUGCAGGCAGGAAAAACUGGGGCGAGUCGUCUAUGGUUGCUCAGAGCAACAUCACAUGGAAGUCUACCUGAUAACAUGAUUCCACCACAAGAAGGAACGAAACAGCAACAUACAAGUCUUGCUUUGAAGGACAAUUCUCCUGAAGACUUUCUUAGUGAUACAGGGUUUAAUCCUGAACCAAGCCACAUUUCCAAUAUAGAAAUAGAAACUCCAACUUCUGAGAGACCGUGCAACCCUAACCACAAACAGAAGCAUGACUGCAAUGGAAGUAAGAGCAGGCCUUCUUCUUGCCCAAGCAGAACCGACAGUCCUUUACUGGGAAGUAAUUCAGGGUCUGAACCAGAAUCUACUGUGUCAGAAGAGGAAACUCGCCUUUGGAAUGAGAAGAUUUGCCCAAUAGUGCAAGACUUAGAAGCUGCUCAGCAUGAAAACAAUCAGGAUGAUCUCUGUUCUCUGUGUGUUAAACUACACGAGGUCCUAGAAGAAGAAAAUAUGUUGGGAAAGAAAUGCAAAUGGAGAGUUGUGGUUUUGAAGACUUUAUUCAAACUAGUAGACAUGGGUUCAGAUAAACUUGGAAUCAUUCUUGCAAAGUUAAUUCUAGCACUUAAAGUGAGCGGCAGAAAUCUUCUCAAUACAUGUAAGCUUAUUUUUAAAAUAAGCAGAAGUGAAAACAAUGAUUCCCUAUUUCAAAAUGGUAACAUCAUUGAUUCUCUUCUUGAGGUUCUACAAAGUGAAGAUGUUCGAACAAAUAGUGAAGCUUUCUUGUACAGCAUGGGGUCAAUCAAAUUCCUUUCUGGAAAUACAAUGAUCCUGAAUGAUUUACUCAGAAAGCAAGCCAUAGAAAUAUUAGUAAAGCUCAUGAAAGAGGUCACACGUACAAGCAAAGUUGCAGAGAAAGUGUCUUCCAGUAUGAGCCAUCUACUAGUACAGCUUACUGCAACACUAAGAAACCUGGCUGAUCUUUCCCAAUCAAAGCCCAGAUUCCUUGCCUGUAAUGCACUACCAGAACUGUGUGCAUUGCUGGAACACUAUAUUUGGGAUAAGGACAUCUGCACUAAUGUCUCUCGGAUACUCAGCAAACUUUCUGUGUAUAAUGACUGUUGCAUGGCGUUAGCGGAUUGCUUCAGAUGUUACGCUUUGCUCUUAUCUGUGCUGAACAAACAUCCAGAGAAGCAGGACCUGGUUGUUCGAAUUGUUUUUACCCUUGGAAACUUGACAGCAAAGAAUAACAAGACCCGUGAACUGUUUUAUAAAGAACAAGGAAGCAUUGAAACUAUGUUACAUUUGUUACACGUUUACUAUGAACUUGAUAGAAAGCCUAGCCAGUCAACAGCCAUUCAAAAUGAGAAGACCACGGAGCUUAAAAAGCCCUCUGAAAUUGAAGAUGUCCUAAUCAAAUUAAUAAGGACAUUAGCCAACUUGUGUGUUCAUCCAACCGUGGGUGCUGAACUUGCUGCAAAUCAGAACUGCAUUACGCUUCUAAUGCAAAUCCUUGAAUACAAGUCGAUUGAUGAAUGUGAAGAGUUGGUGAUCAAUACUGUUGCAACAGUCAACAAUUUAUCUUUUUAUCAAGAUGACACUUCUGUCAUUACAAAGAAAAGGCUCGAGAUUUCUAAAUCGCUUUUUAAAUUAUUACUCUGCAACAACAUGGAUGGGAUACUUGAAGCAGCAAGGGUUUUUGGCAACCUCUCUCGCUAUCAAGAUGUACGCAAUUUUAUGAUGGAGAAAAGUGUGUACAAGUUCUUUGUUGCACUGCUCGAUUCUAAACACCAGGAGAUCUGCUUCUCUGCCUGCGGGGUCCUGAUCAACCUGACUGCAGAGAAAAACAACAGAGUCUUGUUGCAAGAAGAAGGUGCAAUUGAAAAAAUAAUUGAUUGUUUGCGGGACUUUGCUACUUCUGAUUGGCAGCUGGCUGGUUUGUUGUGCCAAGCACUGUGGAACUUCAAUGAAAACCUGGAAUAUGCAGAGCCAUGCUUUGGAGUUGAAGAGACUGACUCUCUCCUGGAAAUUCUGACAUAUCUUCUAGAUGAGCAAACAGCUUUGGACAGCAAGAACGAAGAGUUAACUGAAUAUCACAAGACUUGCUGGGAAACAGAGUUUAAACCCGUGGCAUUUCAACUUAUGGAAAGGCAUAAGAGGCAUCAUUCCUAUUUAGAACCUCUGCCUUAUCCAGUGUAACACACACACACACACACACACACACAC